AUGGAUAACGUAUGUAAAUUGAUUUCAUUGGUGGUUCUCUAUUUGAACAAAGACUAACAUGAAUAUAGCAAAGACAACAUAACAAUAAUAAUAAUAAUAGAAGAAGAAAUAAUAAUCCUUCGAAACCAGAUGGCCCUAAAAGAGAAGCCAUUUUGGACUUAAACAAUUACAAAGAUAAACAAAUCAGAGUUAAGUUUAUAGGUGGUAGACAGGUUAUUGGAGUUUUAAAGGGAUUUGACCAGUUGAUGAAUUUAGUGUUAGAAGAUGUUAAGGAAAAUAUUAGAGGUAUGUGAAUAUUGUACAAACUGGCCUGAACAGUAUAUAUUUGAUUUUAGAGAAGCAUUACUAACAAUUUUAGACCCAGAAGACGAUAAUGUUUUGACCGAAAAGACGAGAGACAUAGGCUUUGUGGUAGUAAGGGGCCCUUCAUUAUUGACCAUUUCUCCAGUCGAUGGUAGUGAAAUAAUUGACAAUCCUUUUGCCAACCAAGAAGAAUAA